CCGCGGGAGGUCGCAGGGGCCAGGCGCCCAGUCGCCCAGUCGCCCAGUCGCCCAGGCGCGCACCUGGAGGCCAUGAGCGACCACGGCGACACCAGGGCCGGCAUGGAGGCCCGCAAGAGGCGCAGUGGUGCUGUGAAUGAAGGUCCUACUGUGGUGUUCCGGGAGAGCUCAGGUCUACUAGGCCACAUCACCGCACAUCGCUACAGGAAAACAUCACAUGAAGUAUUACCUACGACCUGCUCUCCGGGGAUAUUUAGGCGGAAAUCUUCCUCCGCCUCGGAGCUUCCGCCGUAUCCAAGUUACCAACAUUCCAGAGCGAGCAUUAGCGAUAUUCUCGCCUUCAAGAUGGCGACGACGGGAGCAGGUGUAGCCCACCUGGGGUGGCCAAACACGAAAGACGAUUAUGAAUUAAAAGAAGUUAUUGGCGUGGGGGCGACGGCCGUGGUGCACGGAGCCUUCUGCAAGCCGCGCCAGGAGAAGUGUGCUAUCAAGAGGAUCAACCUGGAGAAGUGGAACACCAGCAUGGAUGAGCUGCUGAAGGAGAUCCAGGCCAUGUCGUCGUGCAACCACGAGAACGUGGUCACCUACUACACCAGCUUCGUGGUGCGAGAGGAGCUGUGGCUGGUGCUGCGACUCCUGGAGGGGGGCUCCCUGCUCGACAUCAUCAAGCACAAGAUGCGCGUCGCCAACUGUCGCCACGGAGUCUUCGACGAGUGCACCAUCGCCACGGUGCUCAAGGAGGUGCUCAAGGGCUUGGAGUACUUCCACAGCAACGGCCAGAUACACAGGGACAUCAAGGCGGGCAACAUCCUGCUGGGGGAGGAUGGCACGGUGCAGAUCGCGGACUUCGGGGUGUCGGCGUGGCUGGCGACCGGCCGCGACCUCUCGCGCCAGAAGGUGCGCCACACCUUCGUGGGCACGCCGUGCUGGAUGGCGCCCGAGGUCAUGGAGCAGGACCACGGCUACGACUUCAAGGCGGACAUCUGGUCGCUGGGCAUCACGGCCAUAGAGAUGGCGACCGGCACGGCGCCCUACCACAAGUACCCGCCCAUGAAGGUGCUGAUGCUGACGCUGCAGAACGAGCCCCCCUCGCUGGACACGGGCGCGGAGGACAGGGACCAGUACAAGGCGUACGGCAAGACCUUCCGCAAGAUGGUGGUGGACUGCCUGCAGAAGGACCCCUCCAAGAGGCCCACCGCCACGGAGCUGCUGAAGCACCCGUUCUUCAAGAAGGCCAAGGACCGGCGGUACCUGCAGCAGACCCUGGUCGCCAUCGGCCCCAGCCUCGAGACCCGCGUGCAGAAGGCGUCGAAGCGGCAGCCGGGAGCGUCGGGACGCCUGCACCGGACGGUGACGGGAGAGUGGGUGUGGUCGUCGGAGGAAGAGGGCGGGGAGUCCUCGGAGGAAGAGGUGGAGAACAAGCCCAUGAACCACAUCGAGACGUUCGGCUCGUCGGGCAGCGAGAAGGACCUGCUGGAGUACGAGCGGGCGGCCGGCUCGGGCCGAGUCCCGGGAGAGCCCGCCCCGCCCGAGGCCCCCGUCGUGCUCGUGCUCAGGAUGAGGAACGCACAGCGCGAACUGAACGACAUCAAGUUUGAGUUCCUGGUGGGGAAGGACUCGGCGGAGGGCAUCGCGUCGGAGCUGGUGAGCGCGGGGCUGGUGGACGGGCGCGACAUCGUCGUCAUUGCUGCCAACCUGCAGAAGCUCAUCGACAGCGCGGGCCAGAUGAAGUCCGUCACCUUCCCCCUGAACUCGGGCUACGCAAACAACGAAGUUCCUGACGACAAGACGCUGGUGGGGUUUGCUCAGAUAUCAGUUGUGGACUGAAGUUGAGGGUGACUCGUCUCGCCACGUCAGUGACUCGUAUCGCUCGCCGCGUCUCAUCACCGCCUGCACUCAGACGGCUAGGCAGUGAUACGUAGUACUUUAUGCGUAGAACAUUUGCUGUUGGUUUGAAGCAGGUCUAAGCAGAGAAGAAUUCUAUGGUGCUGUUCGACAUAAUGACAAAUUGUAACUCCUCUAGUGGCUUAGUGUAAAGUAUUCUUUUGUUAUCAGAGUAAUUGAGUGUACAUUAUUAAGCUUGGAAAAUGAUCACAAGCAUGUAUGUAAGUUUUGGUAAAGCUGCCUGUGUUCUGCUGUACAAAGGAAAAAAAGUGUGUACAUUAAUAUUAAGCUGGAUGAAUUGUAAAUAUUUCACGUCUGAAACUGGUUGUGGCUUUAAACUUAAACACGGAUCUGCCUAUUGCUGACGUCUUACAAACAAUGCUGUAGAUUAUUUGUAGUGCUGUAUUGCAUCAACUUAUGUUUAAUGUUUAUGUUCAAAUUUUGUGAGGGUAAUUUCCUAGAUUGGCUCCUUUUCAAUGAAAAAAAUAUAUAUUUUUUUUUGGGCCCUACAAAUAUUACUUUAGUUUCAAAAAAAAAAACAGUGUUUUAAAAUUGCUGCUGGAUUCUGACAAACUGGCAAAUGGGCGGGGUCACGAAUUUGAAGAAUAUUGUGGGGUGAAAGCCAUUAAAAAUGAAAAAAAAAAAAUUGAUUGAAAAGUUAUUUGAAUCACUAUAUCAAGAUACUUCAGUGAAUGUUAUAAUUUUACACCAAUGGAUCGAUUCCAAAUUUAUUCGGUUCCGAUUCCAAAAUUUCCCUCAUUUCCAUGUUUAAUUAUGAUUCUAAUUCCCAAUUUUAAAAAACCAUGAAUUUGUGUUCUUGCUCAAUUCCUCUCUCCUGCCAUGCUAUUUGACAGUCCUGUUUGUUGUGUUUAACUUGAUUUACGUCCGUGAACGUGUACAUUGUCAUUAAAACACUAACUGAUCAUGAAAUAUUUUCUGUUCAACGUGAUUCAAAUUCGCAGUAGAUUUAAUGACACAAAAAGUCAGGGUCAUAGCAAAUGAAACAUAAACACGAACGUAAAAGCAGUGCAUUUUGUACAAAUAAAUUUUACCUGCGGAAAGCAACAUGUUAUGCACAAACAUUAAAUCUUAAGCAUUUAAUUUAAUGACUUUAUAUAUGCAUAUAUCCAAUUUUAAACCAACUUAUUUUAAGCAAAACAUAUUUACUUAAAAGUAUCAAACAUAUAACCAGAAAAAAGCUUUAGUAUGCGAGACUGUAAAAAAUAAAACUAAAAUGUUUAUGGAUAACACGGUUGGCCAGCCUGCUUUAAAUUGUUUACUUCAAAAUGGCAUCAUGUUGGUAAUGAAAGGUAUGUUUACGAGUCAAGAGAAAAGUUAUUUUAAUGUUGCAUUUAUGAAAUAAAGUUAUUAUUGAAAUGAGUUUACAAGUUUUCCCUGCAAGUGCAGAGACCUAAGUUCACGUGGUUGGUACAGUGUGAUUGCAGUUGUCAACUUACCUUCAAAUAACGUACCUUGUCUUUUGUACAUUGUUGCUAGGCGAGUUGUGCAAACAUUGUCAGCUUACUGGCCAGAAAAUACUGCAGUUGUGGCAAGAAUCACUUUAUUUAUUUGAAUCUUUUUUACAUCCAAAUGAUUGAACUACCAUUCUAAAUCUGAAACGAUUUCUUCAGUUUGAGAAUCGAUGGUUCUGAUUCCAGGUAUAAUCUAUGGAAUCGAAGCAUUGACAUGCCCAUCCGUAAUAUUUACCCAUUCAACUAAAGUAUCAUGGAAUCAGGGUCUAUGUAUACAGGAACAAAUGCACAAGAUGUAACUACAAAGUGCAACAAAAGGUGAGCAUUCACCUUUGUUGGAGGCUGGUAUAUCUUAUUUUCUUUGAGUACAAAAUGGAGACACGUAUGUUCGUCUCGACUGAACAUGAAUUCCGCUGAGUGCCCAACGUAUUGAGAAAUGUUCCAACCAUUCAAACUCUCUUCCCCAAACACCAGCCAUGCUAACAUCAAGCCUUUACGUGUGACCAUAAAUUUCUGCUCACAGCUUAUUGAUGCUUACAAUAAGCAAUCACUACACUAAGUAUUUCAUGAAAAAUGAACUCAAUUUCAUGAUUUUUGCCUCCAUUGUGAAUUGUUUAUCACU